AUGACGGAGACAACAAAAGAAAAGGUUGAGAAAGUGUUUCAAGUAAAAUUAACGGUAUAUCAGUUACAAGCUAUAGAAAGCAUACAGCAGGGCCAAGAUGUAUUCGUAGGUACGAGGACAGGGAGUGGAAAGUCCCUCAUCUAUGAGAGUUCUCCAGUGGUUUUUGGACAAUCGACUGUAUGUGUCAUAAUUUCCCCGCUACUAAGCAUUACGAAGGAGCAAGUGAAUCGGCUUACAGGACUGGGUUUCCGUGCAACAUAUGUCGGAAUGUCCUAUUGUUGCAAAGACGAUGUAUCUAAGGGCUAUUACCUAUUCGUAUUCGGAAGUCCUGAAGCUUUAGUUGGAAAUGACGAAUGGAGAGAUAUCUUUAGGCACCCCGAAUUUUCGGUACGACAUAGGUUGACAGUAAUUGACGAAGUCCACACAGUUUAUCAAUGGGGUGAAGGGCAGAAAAAUGAGGAAGCCUUCAGAAAAUAUUUUUCAAAGAUUGGCGAGUUACGAUCCCUUAGUUUGAAUGUGCCCAUACUUUCACUAACUGCAACAGCUAGUCCAUCGAACAGGAAAAAAAUAAUGAAAAGUUUAUGCUUCAGAGAAGAUUCUGUUUGCAUAGUUGAUAGUCCUGAAAGACCAAACAUUAAAAUAAAUGUGCAAUGUGUAAAAAAUAAUGCUGAUAUAAGUGAUACAUUUGCAUGGCUUAUUGAAACACUCAACAAGGAUAAAAGAAAUACCCCCAGACAUGUUAUUUUCUGUGACAGCAUAAAAGACUGUGCAUUACUUUACAGCAUGUUUGUAAGGAAAUGUGGUUCCACCAUGCUACAGAUGUUUCAUAGUAAAACAUCAGAACACAUUAAAGAAAAAAUUCGGAUGGACCUGGAGACAGAAGGUCAAAUCAGAAUUCUCAUCUGCACAAAUGCAGCUGGGAUGGGAGUGAACUUUAAAGGGCUUCAUAACAUCGUUCAUUAUGGUCCACCAAGGGACUUGGACACACUCAUUCAGCAGAUGGGCAGGGCGGGACGAGAUGAUAAAUGCUCUAAUGAACUAAUAAUGUUCAAAAACCACAAAGGACAUUUGAAAAAAAUUGAUCCAGAAGUUUUGUCAUUGAUUAAGACGGAUAAUCAGUGCAGAGGAAGCAUUCUGUGCAAAGCAUAUAGUGCACAUAGUCAUAUUUUUCAACAGAAGCACCAAUGUUGUGAUGUUUGUGAGAAAACAUGUGACUGUUCGGGCUGUCCAAAGUUAACUCAUCCAGCUUUCUUAACAAUGGAAGCAUUAUUCCAAGAACAGGAAACAUUUGAACGUCAAGUGUGUGAGCAGGACAAGACAAUUAUAAAACAUAAACUGGAAGCCCUGCAAGCAGCUCAAAGUAACAUGCCAGAUUUGUUUGGUGACCAUUCUGAACUUAGUGACGAAACCAUCAAUAGUUUAUUCGUCAAUUGUCACAAAAUAUUUACCAUUAACGAUGUAAUGGAAUAUGCAACAGUUUGGUUGUUUGAUACUGCUGUGCAAGUACUUCAGAUAUUUGAUGACGUGUUUAAUGACAUUUUGAUGUAUGAAUCAUCUGACACAGAGUCAUAUUAG